CGGGGCCGAGGGGACCCUUACAACAGGAACAAUCAACAAUGACGAUGGAUUGAUAUUAGCCUUGUGUGAAUCCUGACGGACAUGGCUAAUGCUCCAGUUCCCCCCUGGCUCUCUGACGUCGUAAACCCCAUGGUCGGCAGUUAUAAGUUCUCGGAAGCCCUUCCGAGACCUCCGCCUAACAAACCCCCCUAACAUGCCCAUUCAUUCUUCGCAGCACUCUUGACAACCCACAACACCAUAGAACCCAUCGAUACCCAGAUACCGACCACUUGAUACAGUAAACAAAACACAAACAAAGCACAGCAACACACACCAUGGCCACUGCUCAAUUAGCCUACGGCGUCGAAAAGAUUGUCGGCAAUGGCCCCGAACAGAUCAAGCAGGACGUCUCCGCCUACGACCCCUCAAAGGGCACCGGCGAUGCCUCGGAACUCAUGAAGGCCCUCGUCUGGGAGGGCGCAAAGAAGGUCCAGGUCGUCGAGGUUCCCAAGCCCAAGAUCGUCGAGCCCACCGAUGUCAUCCUCAAGGUCACCGGCUCAACCAUUUGCGGCUCCGACCUCCACCUCUUCCACGGCGCCGUCAUGCAGAUGAACAAGGGCGACAUCCUCGGCCACGAGUUCUGCGGUAUCGUCGAGCAGGUCGGCCCCGCGGUCCAGAAGGUCAAGCCCGGCAAGCGCUACGUCGUCUCCUUCCAGAUUGCCUGUGGCAAUUGCUUCUACUGCAAGAACAAGCUCUCGAGCCAGUGCGAGGUCACCAACUCCAACUCGCAGAUGAAGGCCAUGUACGGCGGCCGCACCGCUGGUAUCUUUGGCUACUCGCACCUGACGGGCGGUUUCGCCGGUGGCCAGGCCGAGUACGUCCGCGUGCCGCUGGCCGACGCCAACAUGCUCGAGAUCCCCGACGACGUUCCCGAUGAAAAGGCCCUCUACCUUUCCGACGUGCUCCCGACUUCGUACAACGGCGUGAAGGAUACCGCCGUCUAUCCCGGCGAUGCCCUCGCCAUCUUUGGUGGUGGUCCGAUUGGCCAGAUGGUGGGCAUCUUUGCCCUGUGGGAGGGAGCCAGCAAGGUCAUCUACGUCGACACGGAGCCGAGACUUUCCUUCAUCAAGAGCCGCUGGCCAGCCGAGCACGCAGAUAAGCUCCACUUGGUAGACUUCAAGCAGCUCAGCUCUGGCUUCACCAAAAACGAGACGGUUGUCAGCAAGUUGAAGGAGUUGACCGGCAACCGCGGCCCCGAUGUCGCUAUCGACUGCGCGGCCGGAGAGUAUGCCAAGGGCUGGCUGCACUGGCUCGAGAUGCAGAUUGGCGCCGAGACAGAUACCAGCGAGAUCAUCAACGAGAUGGUUGAGGGUGUGAGGAAUUACGGCAGAGUGGGUUUGACUGGUGUCUAUGUCGGCUACACCAACCACUUCAACGUCGGCUCUCUUAUGCAGCGCGGCAUCCGCCUCAUUGGAAACGGUCAGGCACCCGUGCACAAAUACUGGGAGGACUUGUUGCAGAAGAUUCGCGAGGGUACUCUCGAUCCCACCAUCAUGAUCUCCCACCGUGUCCGCCUGGAUGAUAUGGACAAGGUCUACCACAAGUUUGAUGCCAAGGAGGACGCGAUGCAAAAGGUCUUCGUCGAGACCAAGUUCUCUCUGCCACGGGCCCCGGGAACUCCCGAGUUGACGACGUACGAAUAAGUGGAAGGGGAGGAGAUACCUAAUGAAAUAGUAGUGGUAUACUAGUAGUAGUAGUAAUGCUGUGUCACGACGUUAAGAAGAAUGAAUCAAGCUUUUUUUCUGGAUACCAACGCAUGUUUUUAG